UGUCCACCUUUCCCAUCCGAAUCAUCGCGCACAAAACACGGAACUACGGAAUAUGUUCCAGGAUCUGUGAUCACACCAGGGCGCAUUGUGGCUCAGCAGGCACGUGGCGCUGCUUUCGUUUGCCACGAUGACGCGCACUCAAUCGAAGCUCCCGUUCGCGCGUAAUGCCCUGGGUUAUUAGCCCAUCACCCCGCCAUCCAGCUUACAUUGCGACAUUACUUGAUUAUACGUGAUUUGAAGCUACCUUUGUCUCAAAGUCUUCUUUAUCGUUCUAAAAGCUGGUACCUGAUUUUCGCAUAUCAACCACAUAAUGGCAGAUUUCGCACCACCACCAGGCCCUCCCCCACCCAAGGUACCGGAAGGCUGGAAAGCCGUCUGGAACCCGCAAUACAACGAAUGGUUCUACGUCAACGUCUACACAAAGCAGUCACAAUGGGACAAGCCGACCGAACCUGUCUACCCUCCCGGCGAGGCCCCGCCCGCUGGUGCUCCUCCUGGGUAUGCGCCUCCAGCAAGCGGCGCUGUCGGUGGAUAUCCUUCAGCCGCGAACGAGAAGGGAGGAUUCGGUAGCAAUAACCCUUACGCGAACACGAGCGAGGACGAGGCGCUUGCGAGAAGGCUGCAAGAAGAAGAACAAGCGCGCGCCAACGGACACUCGAGCGAUACACGCGGACAGUCGAACGACUACUACAACCAGCCUGGACAGUCGCAACCACCGCAGUACGGCGGUUAUGGCCAGCAGAGCACCAGCUCGUAUCCGCAAGAACAACACCACGAUGCGAAUACACAAGACAAGGGCAGCAAAGGCAAAGGUCUAUUAGGCAAGAUCCUUGGAAAGGCUACUGGCUCGUCACACUCAUCAUCGUCGCACGGCUACCCACAACAACAGCAUGGCUAUGGACAGCCAGCAUACGGCCAAGCGGGUGGAGCAGGCUACUAUGGCGGAGGAGGCUAUGGCCGACCAAUGGGUGGUGGCAUGCCUAUGGGUGGCGGUAUGAUGGGCGGUGGUAGGCGUCCAGGAGGAGGCGGCGGCAUGGGAGGCAUGGCCCUUGGAGCAGGAGGAGGUUUGCUGGCAGGUGGACUUAUUGGAUCGGCCAUGGCCGGGGACGGCGGCGAUACCUAUGUGGAGAACAACUAUGGUGACGAUGGCGAUAUGGGUGGAGGAGAUAUGGGAGGCGACGACAUGGGUGACAUGGGUGGAGAUUUCUGAGACGGUGCAACUCCAUUAAAGCCGUUGUACGAUUUUCUUUCUUUGUCUAGACAUUCAUAUCACUAUUGUAUUACAC